GGCUCCCCUGGUGACUUCCGUGCCUUCCUUCUCUGAAGACAUUCUAGGGACGCUGCUGAAGGCCAGGCUUGGGGAGCCAGCUGGAGAUUCGAGUAUAGUGGGAACAUGGAUCUGUUUGGAGAUAUAGAUGACAUUUCUUCAGAGAGCGAUGUGGACCAGCGAACACCUGUCCCAAGACGGCCUGAUGGCGGCUGCAGAGUGCCUCAGAACCAGCAUGUGGAACGGCGUAUUUCUGAAACCAGAAUAAAAAUAGAAAUUCCCAGCAUCAACUCUGACUUAGGGAAUGAAUUGUAUUUUGUUAAACUACCUAGAUUCCUCAGGAUAGAACCCAAACCUUUUGAUCCUCAGCUGUAUGAAGAUGAACUUGAGGAUGAGAAAGUGCUUUAUGAGGCAGACAAAACCAGGCUGAAAUUGAAGGUGGAAAAUACUAUCCGCUGGAGGGUGCGCCGGGAUGAAGAAGGAUAUAGAGUUAAAGAGAGCAAUGCUCGGAUAGUCAAGUGGUCUGAUGGAAGCAUGUCCCUGUAUUUAGGCAGUGAAGUGUUUGAUAUCUACAAAGCCCCACUGCAAGACAACCUCAACCAGCUGUUCAUACGGGAGGACACUGGUCUCCGGGGACAAGCCAUCUUCAAGUCCAGACUUACCUUUAGACCUCACUGUACAGACAGUGCCACAUAUAAAAAGAUGACCCUGUCAUCUGGGAGCAGAAAUUCAAAGACACAGAUUAGAAUCUUACCGAUGGCUGGUCGUGACCCUGAGUGGCCACGCACAGAUUUGAUUCAGAAAAAAGAACGCUCAAGGGUGUCUACUCGACGGAAGAGGAAGAACCAGCCAGCUCCAAGUUCCACCAUCCAGCAGCCUGACGGUGAUGACGAGGAAGAGAAGGAAGGAGAAGAGGAGGAAGACAAGGCCUCUGGACUAGUUACCAUUAAAAACCAUUACCGGGGAGCAGUCCACGAGGAACAAGCCCUGUCCUCCUCAGACGGCGAUGACGAUGAAGGAGCUGAAGAAGAUAAGGCCGGAAGAUUACUUAAAGCAAAGAAACGCGAGAUGAACCCUCCAGAAAGAGACCAAGGGUUGAAGAGGAAGAAUGAAGUGUGAAAUGAAUUGUGCGCUGGUGUCUAUCCUAUUUAAGUCCUCAGUUUCCUGUUUGUGCUGGGAUUGAAUCAGCUUCCUGUCUGCUGAACAUGCAUUCUACUGCUUAGGGACAGCCCAAGCCCCUCAAAUACGUACACCCCAAGCCCAUUGGAUAUAUUAAAGCAAGAACGAUUGUUUUGA